AUGGCCUCUCCCAAAGAGCACGGAGAAGACGCUCCAUCAGAAUCAACGAGACCAUUUGCCCCACUACUCGUUGAGGACAGAAAGCCGCUCAAGGAGACCACGCAGUUCAAGUUGACAAAGUUCCGGCAGUGGAGGGAGGCAUUCGUCGUCGCGUUUAGAGACAUUCGAGCUGUCCACUGCUACGCAGUUCUCGCUUGGCUAUUGGCUUUAUCGUGGAUCGGAGGACUUUGCACCGUACUUGCAUUUAUCAGCAACACAGAGUUGUACGGAGACUCGGCCUGCAAACCGGACGGCAGUUUCGAUGUGGAGAAGAACCAGUACAACCUCUGGUCUUCCUCUGGAUUCUUCCAGAUUACCUUGGCAUGGGGCAAAUUUUCAUUUGCGGAUGCCAAAGUCAUUGACGUUGCCUGGGAUGUGAUCUUCGGUCGAGGAGGUCAGGCUCUGCUGACUUGGAUCACAUGGCGAGUAUUUGUCGACUACACUACCACCUCGAUUCAAACCAAGCCUGUGACGUAUGACUUCUUUCGCACAAUCUUCCUCCAGGACCAGCCGAACUUCUGGUCAACGUGGCACAUGGUACGAGAUUUUGCUCGUUCACGAGGGUUAAGAUCGAAGGUCAUGAUGAUCAUAAUGGUCUUGGUCACUAUCUUCAUCUUAUGCUUCCCUACCCUGGGUAGUGCAAUGACAGGAUAUGUGGCGAACAACGACGCAUAUGUACAGGGCUCCGACGGCAUGUUGAUACCCUUUGGUGGGUUCGAGGUUGUUGGAUAUGUAAUCCACGACGGCUGGAGGAUCGGCAUGGAGGGCAACACUACGCUCACCUUCCCUGGCUAUGUCCAAGAGUAUGGGUUCUAUGGGUUAGAGAACAAGAACACCACUUGGAUGAACAAGACGAUGCCGGCUCCGGCCCUCAACAUAUCGGCUUCUGGGCUUCCUUCUUACAGAAACUUGCUAUACGGCUGGAACUGGACCGAUCCUCGCACGAGCUUGAAGCCCUUCGAAAACGGAAAAAACUUAACUUACACCGCCGGAAACGAGACCUACUCCAAGGAGUACAUGAAGGCGUACGGGAGUUGUCAACCAAUGAGUGAUCACGGAAUGGGCGCUGAUGCCGGGCGAGAGACUUAUCAAUGGGGCUUCUCUUAUCUGCAACUCUAUAUCCUUGUGAUCUUGCUCGUGCUGUGGACAUUGAGUCUUGCCUACAUGUGGCUCAAGGCCCGCCUGACGAUGAGGAUGCGGCGGAGGUAUGAUGUACCGAGGGGUUACAAGGGCGUGUUGGAGCUGUCGCAUGCCAUUCACAAGGAGCUACAGGAGACCGAGCCUGACGAGCUCUCUCACGACCAACUCUCGGAAGAAAUCAAGAAGAGUCUAAAGGGCGGAAGGAUUCAGUUGGAGUUGGCAGAUUCACCCGCGACAUAUGGCUUCUGGCGGGCGAAUUGGGUGUGGCUCAAGGAGGAAAGGUGGUGGAUAGGCCCUGUCUUGUUGAUGAUGGUGACAUCGGCGCCACUCAUCGUCAUCAACAAUUCGUUUGGAUGGUGGCUCUUAGUUCCGAUUAUUGCUCUCCUGCUUGCGCUGAUGGUAGGUCGGUCAAAGAAGAGCAGAAUUAUCAUCGCCUUUGUCAGCUUCACUGUUGGAACGAUCACAUUCUUGGGAGUUUGGUACGGAACUGGGCAGCAAAAAUACGCAAGCAGGUACAGCUAUUAUUAUUGA